AUGGGAAGGCAUGUGAAAUCCACUCUGGACAAUCAUCUAGUAAAACACACCGGUGAGAAACCCUACAUGUGUGAUGAGUGUGGGUACAGUGCUUUUCAUAAAUCUGACUUGUCUCGACAUAUGAGAACCCACACAGGAGAUAAACCCUACAAGUGUGACCAGUGUGACUAUUCUUCUGCACAUAAAUCCGCUUUGGACCGACAUCUAGUAGUAAAACACACCGGUGAGAAACCCUACAUGUGUGGGGAGUGUGGGCACAGGACAGCUUCUAAGUCACGUUUAUCACUACAUAUGAGAACCCAUACAGGAGAAAAACCCUACAAGUGUGACCAGUGUGACUAUUCUGCUGCACAAAAGUCGAGUUUGGACCAGCAUCUGUCAAAACACACCGGUGAGAAACCCUACAUGUGUGGGGAGUGUGGGCACAGGACAGCUUCUAAGUCACGUUUAUCCCUACAUAUGAGAACUCAUACAGGAGAAAAACCCUACAAGUGUGACCAGUGUGACUAUUCUGCUGCACAGAAAUAUAACUUAGACAAGCAUCUGGCAAAGCACACUGGUGAAAAACCCUACAUGUGUGGGGAGUGUGGGCACAGGACAGCUUCUAAGUCACGUUUAUCCCUACAUAUGAGAACUCAUACAGGAGAAAAACCCUACAAGUGUGACCAGUGUGACUAUUCUGCUGCACAAAAGUCGAGUUUGGACCAGCAUCUGUCAAAACACACCGGUGAGAAACCCUACAUGUGUGAUGAGUGUGGGUACAGUGCUUUUCAUAAAUCUGACUUGUCUCGACAUAUGAGAACCCACACAGGAGAUAAACCCUACAAGUGUGACCAGUGUGACUAUUCUUCUGCACAUAAAUCCGCUUUGGACCGACAUCUAGUAGUAAAACACACCGGUGAGAAACCCUACAUGUGUGGAGAGUGUGGGUACAGAACAGCUUUUAAGUCAUAUCUAUCCCGACAUAUGAGAACCCAUACAGGAGAAAAACCCUACAAGUGUGACCAGUGCGACUAUUCUGCUGUACAAAAGUCGAGUUUGGACCAGCAUCUGUCAAAACACACCGGUGAGAAACCCUACAUGUGUGGGGAGUGUGGGCACAGGACAGCUUCUAAGUCACGUUUAUCCCUACAUAUGAGAACUCAUACGGCGGCCUCGAAGUUCACCUUAUCCCAACAUAUGAGAACCCACACAGGAGAAAAACCCUACAAGUGUGACCAGUGUGACUAUUCUGCUGUAGUCAAAUCCAACUUGGACAAACAUCUAAGAAAG